AAAAAAGCUUUUAUGCUUCAAUGAUCAAAGUGGAACCUCCUGUACCUGGUGCUGUACGAAUAACAUUACAAGCACCAAAUAACCUUAUCAUACCUUCAUAUUGCAAUGGAGGAACUUAUCCUUGUGUUUUUUGGAGCGCGGAUGAAAUUCGAUACCCUGAUGACGGUGCUGGUGUUGCGUUUUUUACCACAAGAGUAGGCUCGACAAAUUAUGUUCCACCAUCAGGUUGUGACUUUUCAAAAGCUCAAUCACCGACAGAUCGGUGUUUUUUCGAUCCAAAUUCUCCAAAUGUCCGUAGCAAUACGCUUCUACCAACAUCUUUUAUUGGUGAUAUUGAAGAUUACACGAUGAUGAUAGAACAUUCUGUAAGAGGAAAGAUUACAUCCAUCGCAAUUCGUAAUGGUUUGUUGGAUGGCCAACUUAUGUCUCACGAUGGUCAAGUACUUAAAACUCUUAGUAAUGCCACAAGGAUGUCUAUUAAUCCUCGUGCUGAUGGUGACAUAUUCACUAUUAAAGAAAUGCUUGAUGCUGCUGGUGCAAAUUUAAAUUCUCCAUCAUCGGCUCCAGGUGCAAAUAAAACUGCGCAUGAAGAUUGCAGAACUUCCGGAAUAGUAGUCGUUAUCGUAAUUGAGUACAAGAAUAAGAAUGAAGAUAUAACCUAUAAGUAUAUACCUCAAGUGAUUGAAGGAAAUGAGUACAAAGCAGUUGAACGAAUUUAUAAUGUUACUGAUGGUUCUGUUACACUGGUUAAUAGACAUGGUAUUCGGUUUGUAUUCCAACAACAUGGAACUAUUGGUCAAUUCGACCUUCUGUCUCUCCUUACAAAUAUUGUUGGAGGUCUUGCACUUUUUAAACUUGCGGAAACUUUAGUAGAAUUUCUUAUGUUAAUGGUCCUUCCAGAAAAAGAAUUUUAUGGAAUUGCAAAGUUUCAGGAAACCAAUAGCUUUGAUGAAUGGCGUAAAAAUCAAAAACAUAUGCAAAAACAGACUCAAAAUUCUUCUACUGGUCAAAAUGUUACAAAUUGUUAA